AUGGCCGGAAAACGCCAUUCCUCCACCCCCAAAUUUCACCAAUCUCCGCUUCUGAUCUUCAUUCUCUCACUCCUCGCUUUCUCUCUCCUCUUCUACGUUUUCUCCCCUUCCCCUACAGUUCCCCACGCCACUCUAAACCGUAAUGUUGAUUACUCCUUCGUAUCCUCCCUCGAGAAAUUCCUAAUCAACUCCAAAUUUCAUACUACAGUUACGGAUGAUACCGUGACUGGUACUGUUACCCAACAGGAUGUUGAAAAAAUAGAUGUUUUGAUUUCACGAAAACAGACUCGAAGGAUUUAUGAUGAUUCGUUUUAUCCCCCAUCUUCACCUAUUAGGGUUUAUGUGUAUAAUAUGCCGCCGAAAUUUACUUAUGAUUUGCUGUGGUUGUUUCGAAAUACUUAUAAAGAGACCCAUAAUCUCACUUCCAAUGGCAGCCCUGUUCAUCGAUUAAUUGAACAACAUUCAAUUGAUUACUGGUUAUGGACUGAUUUGAUAGCACCGGAAUCUGAGAGGUUGUUGAAGAAUGUAGUUAGAGUUCACAAGCAGGAGGAAGCUGAUUUUUUCUACAUUCCAUUUUUCACGACGAUUAGCUUCUUUUUGCUGGAGAAACAACAAUGCAAGGCCCUUUAUAGGGAAGCCCUGAAGUGGGUCACAGACCAGCCGACAUGGAAGCGGUCUGAGGGUAGAGAUCACAUACUUCCAGUUCACCAUCCAUGGUCAUUUAAAUCUGUUCGCAAAUUUAUGAAGAAUGCGAUUUGGCUCCUUCCAGAUACGGACUCAACAGGAAACUGGUACAAGCCCGGACAAGUUUACCUUGAAAAAGACUUAAUACUUCCAUAUGUUCCCAAUGUCGAUUUGUGUGACUCAAAAUGCUUUUCAGAUUCAAAGAGAAACACACUGCUAUUUUUCCGUGGAAGGCUGAAACGAAAUGCUGGUGGGAAAAUUCGUGCUAAACUCAUGACAGAACUUAGCAGUGCCAAGGAUGUGGUUAUAGAGGAGGGCAGUGCCGGAGAGACAGGAAAAGCAGCAGCUCAAAGUGGCAUGAGAAAGUCUAUAUUUUGCCUUAGUCCAGCUGGUGACACCCCUUCAUCCGCUAGAUUGUUUGAUGCAAUUGUCAGUGGGUGCAUUCCUGUUGUAAUUAGUGAUGAAUUGGAGCUUCCUUUUGAGGGCAUACUUGACUAUCGGAAGAUAGCUUUAUUUGUUUCUUCUGGCGAUGCAUUGCAGCCAGGAUGGCUCUUGACAUUUCUGCGAAGUGUUAGUCCUGCUCAAAUCAGAGAGAUGCAAUUGAAUUUAGCCAAGCACUCGAGACAUUUCUUGUAUUCUCACCCAGCUGAACCAAUGGGGCCAGAGGACUUGGUUUGGAGAAUGAUGGCCGGUAAGUUGGUGAACAUGAAGCUUCAUGUACGGAGGUCACAGCGUGUGGGUCAGAAGGAGAGGAAGAAGCUCUCUUUUGAAGAAAGUGGGGAGCCGUCCCGGCGGUGGAAAACCCAUGUCAUAUAUGUUUGUCUGAGUCUCGACCCCAGUUUUAAGGGCCAUCGAGUGUAG